UGCCGCUCGCUCACUGCGCUUCCAGGGACAGCCUCUGCUUUUCAGGGAAAGCCUGUGCGGGCUUUUAAAAGGUUGCUCUGAAGCCAUGGAGGUGCUGCUGACAUGCCUGCUCUCAGUCUGGGCAGUGUGGGGAGCACUAGGGAGCACUGUCCAUCUCCACAAGACGAAUGACCAGGAUGGCAGGUGCAUCUAUUCCUUCACAGUCCCUAGUGCGAAUGAAGCCAGCUGUCCUAGCCCAGACGAAACGGCGACAGCUCUCCAGGCUCUCCAGCGGGAGACCAUUGCCCAGCGAGUGGAACUGGAGUCCGCUAGAGCAAGGCUUGGCCUUCUAGAGAACCUGGUGGACCAGCUGCACGGAAGCCAGGUGGUGAGGGGCUCCUCUCUUUCCGUGAUGGGACUGCUCCGAAGAGAGGUGGACAGCCUGAAGAGAGAAAAAGCCCAGAGGGACUCCCAGGUCAGCCAGCUGGAGGCCACCAUCAGCGACCUCCUCCAAGACAAAUCUGUCUUAGAAGAGGCUAAGAGGCAGCUGGAGGAAGAGAAGAAUGAGCUGGCGAGGACGCUAGAGAGCAGCAUCCAGGAGGCGGCUCGGCUAAGAGCAAGCCAGUGUACGCAGACCGGAGAGGUACCCAGCGGAGAUUCCCUGCAAGGUUCUCGAGAAGUGUCUAAGUGGAAUAUGGAGAAUUUGGACUACCAAGAGAUGAAAUCAGAACUAACAGAGGUUCCUGCAUCUCACCUUUUCCCAGAAAACCCUUCACCCAGCAUUCCUGGUACAGAAGCUGCAGAUACAGGAUGUGGAACGCUGGUGUGGGUUGGUGAACCUGUGACCUUCCGCAAGGCAGAGACCAUUGCCGGAAAGUAUGGCGUGUGGAUGAAGGAUCCGGAACCAGUGACUCCCUACACCCACGAGACAACUUGGAGAGUUGACACCGUUGGCACAGAUAUCCGCCAAGUCUUCGAGUAUGAGAAUACAGACCAGUUUCUAAAGGGCUAUCCUUCAAAAGUUCACGUGUUGCCUCGGUCCAUGGAAAGUACCGGAGCUGUCGUUUAUCAGGGCUCCCUGUAUUUCCAGCGCCGCAAGUCCAGAAUACUGGCUAAGUACAACUUAAAGACUGAAGUUGUUGAGGUCCAAAAGGAGCUGCCCAAUGCUGGCUACCAUGGACAAUUCCCCUACUCAUGGGGUGGAUACACAGAUAUCGACCUAGCCAUUGAUGAGUUAGGGCUGUGGGCGAUUUACAGCACUGCGGAGGCCAGGGGAGCUGUUGUGCUUUCCAAACUGGAACCAGAGACCCUCGAGAUUGAACAGACCUGGGAGACCAACAUACGCAAGCAGUCGGUAGCCAACGCUUUCAUGAUUUGCGGCUCCCUGUACACCAUCAGCAGCUACUCAACGCCUGAGGCCAGUGUGAAUUUUGUUUACCACACCAGCACAGGCACCAGUUUGUCCCUGAACAUCCGCUUUGAGAACCGCUACAGAUACAGCAGCAUGGUAGACUACAACCCAGCAGAGAGAAAACUCUUAGCUUGGGACAACUUCCACAUGGUUGCCUAUGAUGUCAAACUCUCCAAGAUGUGAAGGUCUCGGAGAGGCUGGUGGUAUGGGAGGAUAUGAUGUUACCCACCUCCCUCUUACUGAUGAACAUGUGGCGCAAACCACUGGGAAAUUGUCUUAUGCAAGUCCUGUUGAAAUGAACAGGUUCCAAAGCAGCGUGGUAACACUAGGGUAGGGGUAGGAGACCUUCCAUAUGUCAGCUCUGUCCAAACCUCUCACUCCAUGGCUUUUAUGAUUGGCAUCUAAUGGCAACUGCGGCAACAUGGCUGGGGUUGUGUUUGCACAUCAGUGUCUUUGCUAGCCAGACGUUUUAGGGCUGAAGCACAGAGCCGUUCAUCUACCGAUAGAGCU